UGGGCUUUGGAUUAUGUUCUAUUUCAUGGCUUUAUUUCUACUGCGUUUGAGAACGCACGUAUGUGCGUGAAUAAUAAUGAGCAGAAAAACGUGUACUAGUUUUUGGGUCUAAUGCCCCUUAAAUACAAUUCAGUGUUUUAACCAAAGAAGGCAACUAGCCCAAAAGGAAACAAAUAAAAAGUAAUUAUAAUAGCUACGGAAGUAAUUAUAAUAGCUACGGAAAUAUUGGAAAGAUAAUAAUAUUGAUAUAUUCUAAUACCCCCCUCAAGCUAUGUUGUAAGACCCGAACCGGACCGGCCGGUCCAACCCGGAAACCGCCAACCCGGCCUGCAGUCCGGUCCGGUUAGGCAUAGAACCGCAAAUGUGGUGGAAACCGCAAAUAUCUGGGUCGAAUCAUAUCCGUUUUUCCCAUGUUCACUUGCUUUAUUUGAUCUCUUAUGAUCUCCGGGUCGAAUCAUAUCCGUUUUUUCACACAUCUUUGUCCUCCAUGAAGCUUCCUCUUGUCUCUAAUGCUCCUUCCUUAUGCUCCCAAGCUCAUUCCUCUUCUUUUCAUCAUGUUUUUGCUUACAUGUCAAAAUAUCUUAAUAUCUUCUAAUUCUUCUUUAAUUUUAGAAGAUAAAGAUUACACCGUAAUUGUACAAAACUAAGUAAACAUAAUGUAAAACCAUUCUAAAAUGUGGUGUUUAUGUACUCCUAAGUAAUACGCAUCAGGAAAGUAUUGAAGUGUGACUUAGGAUGUUUUCUUUUAGACUGGAAUUUGCUGGUCUGGUCUGGUCUGUUUAAGUCUGGUCUGUUCUGAACUGGUUUGGUCUGGUCUGGUAAACGUCUGGUAUCUGUGUAUUUUAUAACUACGGAAGUCUGGUCUGGUCUGGUCUGGUCUGUUUAAGUCUGGUCUGGGACUGAAAACAGUCCAAAAGAAAACAUCUUUAAUUUAAGGAUUGCCCAAAAAGGAAAGUGAGAACUUAAUUGCCAGACGGAAGGAGUAGGUUUUUUGAGUUAUGCGUUCAUAAAAUUAAAUGAUUAUUUAUUCUUGCAUAGUUUUGUCAUCUGUUUCGGUUUACAGGAGUUUGAGGGUGAUUAUGAUGAUGAGUAUGUUCCUGUGGCAAAAUGAAGAGCGCUUGAGGCACAGAAGAUCCUGCAGCAGAAGGGGAAAUCUGCACCGUCAGAAAAGGAAGUUGAAGCUGAAAAGACAAAACAAUUUGAGGAAAAACCAAGUUUGCUUGUGAAGAAGGAAAUUCUAGAGGUGAGUGUGGCUGAGCAAAUGGUUCAACAAGGGAAAGAAAUGAUUGAGCAUCUCUCGGAUAGGAAGCCUCCAUUAGGCAUCAGAAGGAUGCGAAAAAGAGCCCAUGACACCAUUCGUAAAAAGUGGCACAUUAUUGUGGAUGGGGAUGAUAUCCCUCCGCCCGUUAAAAGAUUUAAAGAUAUGAGGUUUCCCGGACCAAUUCUGGACAAGCUUAAAGCUAAGGGAAUCAUCCAACCAACUCCAAUCCAAGCACAAGGAUUGCCUGUUAUCCUGUCUGGAAGAGAUAUGAUUGGAAUAGCAUUUACAGGCUCCGGAAAGACGCAGGUUUUCGUUCUUCCACUUAUCAUGCUGGCCCUACAGGAGGAGAUAAUGAUGCCUAUUCUGCCUGGAGAAGGGCCGUUUGGAUUAAUCAUUUGUCCUUCUAGAGAGCUAGCACAACAAACAUAUGAAGUUAUAGAAGAGUUUCUAGAGCCUCUAAGGGAGGCUGGGUACCCUGAGAUUAGACCUCUAUUAUGUAUUGGUGGAAUUGACAUCAAGUCCCAGCUAGAUGUGGUGAAGUUGCUACACCUGGAAGACUUAAAGAUAUGCUUGCUAAAAAGAAAAUGUGCCUUGAGAAUUGCAGAUAUUUAACACUAGGCGAAGCAGACAGAUUAGUAGACAUCGGUUUUGAAGAUGACAUCAGGGAAGUUUACAAUCAUUUCAAAUUCCAAAGGCAAACUCUACUUUUUUCCGCCACAAUGCCUACAAAGAUAGAAAACUUUGCAAGAAGUGUUUUGGUUAAACCCAUAACAGUGAAUGUGGGAAGAGCUGGAGCGGCUAACUUAGAUGUUGUCCAGGAAGUAGAGUAUGUGAAGCAGGAGGCAAAGUUGAAUUACUAUUAGAUUGGGCCUUACUAAUUGUAUAUUUCUUGUAAUUUUGGGCUAAGGGCUCUACUUAAUUAGAUAGCUAAUGUGUAUAUAUAUAGGGGUCUCGGCUCAUUGUAAAGGCA